AGUCGUUAUUAAGAAGAAGAAAAGGACUUUCUGUGUCUGAGGUAGCUUUCCUCUAUUGUGCCUUCUUUCUGUGCCGAAUAUUUGUGUUUCCACACCAACAAUGUCUUCAUCUCAGUCUCUGAGAGACUUUAUCAGUGAGCGACUGACCGCAGCAGCUGAAGAAAUAUUCACAGAGUUUGAUAAAAUCAUCAUCCAGUUCGAGGAAGAGCUGGAUCGUCAGCGGAGUCUGCUGGAAAUCUGCUGGAACCCCAGAAUAGAGCUGCAGAGAAUAGACAUUUCACAGCUGUUCAAUGAGCAGGAGAGUCAUUUUAAUUUGGACCAAUGGGAAACAAAACCUCUAGGAGAGAACCAGGAAGAUCCAGGACCUCAGCAGACGCAUCAGAACCACUGUGAUCUGGACCCACUCCUUGUAAAAAAGGAACAAGAUGAACCAGAACAUCCACAGAUCCAGAUUGAACCGUUUGAAAUGAGUCAAGAGGCUGAUAGCUUCAUAGAAAAUCCUGACUAUGACGAGAAAAACCUCAGUCAAACUGUACCAAACUUUGACCAGCUCAUCGUCCAGUUCUCUUCUGACAAUGAGAACCAAAACCAGGAAAGAAGCGACAAUGAAGACUCCGGAUCAAGUACAGAUGCUAAACUGAGACAAAUUAAAGGGCAUCAGAAAAUCAGAAGGAAUUGUGACAAUGUAGACAAACAGAUGAAGGAGAGUUUGUGGGAUGGUGAAGUUUCUCACACAACAACUCAGACCAGUAAGAGGUCUUUCUUGUGUCCAACAUGUGGAAAAGGCUUUAGCGCUAGUGGAACUUUAUCUCGACACAAAAAAAUUCACUCGGGCCACAAACCUCAUUCAUGUAUGACAUGUGGAAAACGGUUCAUUCAAAAAUUUCAGUUAAUGCGUCACACGCAAACACACACAAAUGAGAGACGGCUCUUAUGCGAGAUCUGUGGAAAAUGCUUCGACAAUAGUGGAAAUUUAACUAAGCACACUUUAAGUCACGCGAGCCAUAAGUCUCAUUUGUGUCCGACGUGUGGAAAAGGCUUUAGCACUAGUGGAACUUUAUCUCGACACAAAAAAAUUCACUCAGGCCACAAACCUCAUUCAUGUAUGACAUGUGGAAAACGGUUCAUUCGAAAAUUUCAGUUAAUGCGUCACAUGCAAACACACACGGAUGAGAGACGGCUCUCAUGUGAGAUCGUUGGAAAAUGCUUCGACAAUAGUGGAAAUUUAACUAAGCACACUAUAAGUCACGCGAGCCUUAAGUCUCAUUUAUGUCCGAUGUGUGGGAAAAUGUUUUCUGAAAAAAGUCGAUUAACGAGUCACAUUCAAGUUCAUACAGGUGAGAAGACGUUCUCAUGUGAAAUCUGUGGAAAACGCUUCAAUAGUAGUGGAAAUUUAUCUCGGCACAAAAAAAAUCACUCAAACCACAGGCCUUAUUCAUGUGCAACAUGUGGAAGAGGAUUUCUUCGAAACUAUCAGUUGACCACUCACAUAGAAACACACAAGUGAGAGGCCGUUCUCAACAAGAUCUGUGGAAAAUCUUUCUGACGAUGUUGUAACUUAAAAUGUUUGUGAAACGUUUCAGUAUUGAGGUGUCUCAAGCCGGACAUUUUUGGCUGACAACGUACUCGUAUGCCUCAGGUCUGUUUGUGUUCAAUUGGUCACACUGGCUCUGAGCUGUUGUGUUGUUGUUUGAGUUGUGUUGUGAAGUUGUAAAACUCCAAUAGAAAAAAAACAACUGGAUAUUGUGACGUCUAACAUUUUCAUGUUUUGUACUGUACUUUAAACAUUUUACUUUAAGGUUUUAUACAUACAACAAGAUACCGCUUCUGCCUUUAUGGUUACUGUUUCUGAAGAGGACAACGUUCUGCCUGAAAAUAAUAAAUCUGAUGAAGAUGAUUGUAGGCUUUUGAUGAACAGGACUGUGAGACCAUCUGUGAGGACUUUGGGGUCCACUUCUGUUUAUGUCUCUAGUUAAAAGCUUGAUUGUAAUUUUCUACAGUUUGAAAUGUAAUUUAAGUAUUCAGUGGUAAUAAAACUGGUUUGAGGACACA